ACUACGAAUUUUGUAUUCUGUGAUCUGAUCUCUGAAAACAUGGAUGGUUAGGGUUGUUAAUAUUUUCCACAAUAACGAAUAAAGAGAACAAUGGUAUCCCCGAAAACGGUUAUGGGAAUAUGUGCAGGCGUGUCGGCCACCCUCUUUAUCGGAUAUUGCAUAUAUUUCGAUAAACAAAGGCACAAGGACCCGGAUUUUAAGAAAAAGCUUCGCCAACGACGAAAAGCCCAAAAAGCGGCCGCUUCGUCCGGAAAACGUUCCACCACGGUAUUCCCGGACAUGAAAGACCACGAGGCGGUCCAGAGAUUCUUCUUGCAAGAGAUUCAAUUGGGCGAAGAACUGCUCGCCGCUGGAGACCUAGAAAACGGCGUCGACCACUUGGGCAACGCCGUGGCAGUCUGCGGUCAGCCGAACGACCUGUUGCAAGUGCUACAGCAAACCUUACAACCAGAAGUGUUCCAUUUACUGAUAAAGAGGUUGCCUUCGGUGGCGCCAAGGCUCAUCAAAGCACAAAAUCCUAGCGCCACCCUACAGGAAGAUGACGUUGAAUAAUAAGUCAGUUUGCCUUCACUUAGUCUCGUUAGAAUUGAUCCUGUAUGUUUGUCUGUUGCACAGAUUUUAUUGAGUUUGAAAAUUAUGGGGUGUGGCAGAAAUCAGAAUACAAACCAUUUUUAUAUUC